AAAUGUCCCGAUUGCUGACACUGUCCCAAUAUCGGACAGAAUUAAUUCAAGUGAGCAUAAUAACGAAUCAGUUCAAGGAAACGACAGAGUCUAUGCAUUAAAGACAUCUACAGUCAUAAUCUGAAAUCAUCCACCAAAAUCUUCAGUGGUACCAACUUUCCUAUACUUCAUGCGUCCAUUGGAAAAGGCGGUUUGCGAGUGACAGUGAUUUCAGUGUUUUAUCUUAUAGUGAAUGAGGAUUUGCAGACACUUUCCAGAAUGCCCUCAAAAAAGAAUAAAAACUACUCACUGGAUACGCUCAAGUUGGCUUUGGAAGCUAUAAGAAAUGGAAUGCCGGUUAAGAGAGCCAGCAGAGAAUUCAAUAUUCCUAAAACAACGUUGCAUUCAAAAUUUCAUGGAAAAUAUGCCAUCAAUUGUUCUGCUGGAGCCCCAACAAUUUUGACCGCAGAAGAAGAGGGCACAUUGGUCAAGUGGAUUAUUAGUGUAAGUCGAGUCGGUUUUCCUGUAGACAGAAGUCAAUUAUUGGAUAGUGUACGAAUGUUGCUACUCAAGAAGAAAAGAGAGAAUCCGUUCAAAGACAAUCGUCCUGGAAGGCAUUGGUAUGAAGGUUUUCUUCGCCGACAUCCGGAAAUCACAAGAAGAAUGACGCAAAACCUCGUUCAUUCUAGAGCCACAUUAACUGAAGUUCAAAUCAGAAACUGGUUCAAGGAACUGGAACAAUAUUUCCAUGAUAAUAAUCUGACCGAAAUUCUUUAUGAUCCACGAAGAAUUUAUAAUGCUGAUGAAAGUGCGUUCUUCCUUUGUCCAAAGGGAAAAAAAGUACUGGCAAUGAAGGGCUGCAGAACAGUUUACAACCAUACUGCCAAUGAUGAGAAAGAAUGCAUAACAACACUCAUCACAGGAAACGCAGCUGGAGAUUUGCCUCCUCCAAUGGUCAUGUUUGCCUAUGAACGCAUUCCUCAGAGCAUAGUAGCACUAAUGCCUGAUAAAUGGGGCUUAGGGAAAUCUGAAUCAGGCUGGAUGACCGGCGAGAGUUUUUUUGAAUACGUCUCCAAUAUAUUCCAUCCCUGGCUCAUAAGGAACAAUAUACCAUUACCAGUUAUAUUUUAUGUGGAUGGGCAUAAAUCACAUUUGACGAUGCAUCUAAGUAAUUUCUGCUCUGACAAUGGAAUAAUUCUCAUAAGCUUAUUUCCAAAUGCAACACAUAUGCUUCAGCCAAUGGACGUAGGUGUUUUUCAUCCAUUGAAAAAUGGCUGGAAAAAUGCAGUCGCAAGAUUCAGAGUGGAGAACAACAAGCAAAAAAUCAGGAAAGAAAACUUCGCACCACUACUGGCGACUACCAUUAAAGAAGUUCUCAAUGUUAGGAUAUUACAGAAUGCAUUCCGAACAUGUGGUUUGUUUCCAUUCAAUGCGAAUGCUAUAAAUUAUUCUAAAUUGGUUUCUGCUGAUGUAAGUCAACCUGAGCUAGCUGACAAUGAUAACUACCCUAGUAAAACCAACGAGAUUAUCGGCUUUACUGAACAACAUCUGAAAUUCAUCGAAAGCUUCAUAGAAAAACAAAAACUAGUGGAAUUUGAAACUUGUCUAUCCAAACAGGAAGAAUGGACAGGCAACAUUAAGGAUGAUAAUCUCUACAUUUUGUGGAAGAAACUGAAAAACACCGUUAAUGGGAAUUCUAUAAAUACUCACCAGGAAGAGCAAGAAAUAGGUAACUUACCUGACAAUACCCUUGUUUUAGAAGGAGAUUGGAUUGAAGAGAUAUUGAAUGCUAGUAAUCAAAUUGAAGAAGUGGAAAUGGAAAUUGCCGAAACUUCCGUUACAUCAGGAAUUGACGAAAAUGGAUCAGUUUCACCAACAGAAUAUAAUGCAGCAGUUAGCAAUGCUGAAGGUCAAGAAAAAGCCAAGAGAGAGCAAGAGAGAGGAACCAGUAUGCAUGUUAACUCUUCCAAUUUCGAAAGUGUGAAUGAGUGCUCCGAAGAGCUGCCUAUUACGAACCAGGCAGGAAUGGCAGAACCUAGAAAACAUGCAGAUCCUGAUCAAGGAAUGGAAAAAUCUCCAGAACAAAUUGAAAAAACGUCUACCAGUAGCUUACCAUUUCAGGUACCAUCUCCGUUUAAAUCUAUUCUAUUUUGGCCCGAAAAUAAAAGAACUGAAAAUAAGAAAACGACCAUAGUAAAAGUUCCAAGUGUUGCGACUUCGGAACAAUGGAAAGCCUAUUAUAAAAAGAAGCAAGAAGCUAAAGAAAAAAAGGAAGAAGAGAAAGAAAAUCGUAAACGACAAAGACUAGAGAAGUUGAAGAAUAAGCAAACGAAGACGAAUAAAAGUUACUUAAAUAAAUAUCACGAUGGCAAAACCGAAGAAAUAGCAACCAGUUCAUCAGAAACUACAAAUAAUACUAAAUCAAAUAAAGAUAGAAAUUUCAAGGUUGGAGAUUACGUGGUUGUGGAUUAUCUGGAUAUAAAAUUUCCUGGGGUGAUUGAGGAACUUCAAAAAGGAAAAGCAUUUGUGAGCGUGAUGACACAGAGUGGAAAUAAUUGGAAGUGGCCAUUAAAAAAAGAUAUUUUGUGGUACGAUUUUGAUGAAAUUUAUGAAAAAAUUGAGGAACCGGUUCUAUGUAACAAACGUGGAAUUUUCACUGUUGGAGAAAUGAAAAAGUUCCAAAGUGUCUGAAUUCAACGAAUUAUUCGUUUUUUUUUUCAAUUUACGCUCAUUGAAAUAUAUUUUUCUCAAAUUUAUCUUAAAUUAUUGCUUUGUUCAGAAUAAGGUGAUGAAAUUCAGCAUUAGGGACCAUGUCCAAAUUAUGGUCCCAUGUGUGUCCGAAUUAACUACUGAAUAUGGUUUACCCUGUCUGAAUUAGAUUCACAAACAGACAGGAAUAAUAAAUAUUUUCUAUUAAAUGUGUGUAUUUUUAUUACUUCCCAAUAUUGAGAAUAAUGUAUGAAAAACAUACGUGCAUGUGUAUAUGAGGGAUUUCGUAGUGAAAUGUUUAGGAUAUAAUUUCUGCACAAUUUGUUAAUCAAGAUUUGUCUUAACCUGUCCGAAUUUGGGAC